CUCUUUGCACUUCAUCCGGCUGACUUUGUGCUAAUACGCACAAGGCAUUCCCAAGCAAGCGUAGAGUUAGGUUUGCACUCUAGUAGAGUAACGUGCAUUGUUUGCUAAGAGGCUCAGAAAUUAUAAAUGAUCCCUCAGUACACUCUCUGGAAAAGGACUAUUGGUUGGUUGCAAGUAAUGUCUGUUAUGAUGAUGUCAACAGAAAACGCCAGUGAAGAUUAGCUGGGAUUCUACCUUUUCUAGCAGCUGGAGCUGCUAGGGUUCCUGUGAUGCUCAUGCAGCACAUCUGAAGAAAUCAUGAAAUUUGUGUCACUUGCAGCCAUUGUUUGGGGUAUCCUGGUACCACCAUCUGAGGCCAGCAAGAGCUUUGGGGACAUCCGUUGCAAGUGCAUCUGUCCCCCAUACAGGAAUAUCAGUGGACAUAUUUACAAGAAGAAUGUGUCGCAGAAGGACUGUAACUGCCUGCAUUUGGUGGAGCCCAUGCCAGUGCCAGGGAACGACGUUGAAGCAUACUGCCUGCUGUGUGAGUGCAAGUAUGAAGAGCGAAGCACCACCACCAUCAAGGUCGUCAUCAUAAUUUACCUCUCCGUGAUUGGAGCCCUUCUACUCUACAUGGUCUUUCUGAUGGUGGUUGACCCCCUGAUCCGCAAGCCUGAUGUCUACACCCAGCCCCUGCACAAUGAAGAAGAGAGUGAGGAUGCUCAUUCAUUGGCAGCUAUACGUCCUUCUGCCAGCACCCGAGCAAACACAGUGUUGGAGAGAGUGGAGGGAGCCCAGCAACGGUGGAAGCGUCAGGUGCAGGAACAGCGGAAGACAGUGUUUGAUCGACACAAGAUGCUGAGCUAGAGCUUACUGAGGAUUUACAGUCUAGGAGUAAGCAGCAGCUGCUGGUUAGCUGAUUUCUGUUAGCCACUACGAAGUCUGAGAUCUUGCUUAAAACAUGUUGCACUUGCCUUUUCUAGUUUGUUUUUGCUUAUUUUCCCUCUCAGAAAGCAAGCUAAGUUGAAGGAAGCCACUGGCUGCGCAUCCCAAUCUAUGUCUUUCCCAUUGUCUAAAACAGGUGGAAACUUAUGGACCUUGAGAUGUUGUUGGGCUACAACUUCCAUCAUCCUUGACUUUUGGCCGUGCUGCAAGGAGCUGAUGGGAGUUGGAAUCCAAUGACAUCUGAAGGGCCACAGGUCCCUCAUCCUUGGUCUGAAACAGCCUUUCCCAACCCUUGGGUCCCCAACUAUAACUCCCAUCAGCCUCAGCCAGCAUGGCCAGUGGUCCAGAAUUAUGGGAACUGUAGUCCAGCAACAUCUGGGGACUAAAGGUUGGGAAAGGUUGAUCUAAGACAUUUCACUCACCAAGCAGCAUUGCCCUUUGAUUUAAAUGUGACCUUUGGGAAGUCCGAAAGACCAACUUUUAGCUGCUUUGUAUCUUUUUAGAAGCUGAAAAUAGCUGCAAAUUAUGCUGGUUCUUGUAAUCUGUCUGACGAACAUCUAGAUUAUCUAUGAGAAAUGGGGCACCAUUUUUGUUGUUGCUGAACUUUUGCUGUUUCAAAAAUCAUACAGAGAAGUAUUCUGGUCUUACAUAGAGAAGACUGCUUUGAGAAUCUGGCACCAAUAAUUAAAAAGCAGAAUAAAGGAAAUGAAUUUAGCAAAGGGACCUGUUACAUUUGAAUCAUGAAUCCUCAGAGGUACUUCCUUCACAGACUUUCAGGCUGGUUAACCUUGCACCAAGCAAAUAAAAAGAAGGGAGUCAAGUCAGUUUGGAAUCAGUGGUAUGCCAUAGGUUUAGCACUACAUGAAAAAGAGUACUUCAAGGUGGGGGCUGAUUGAUGAAUCGGUGCUGUUCAUGCAUGCAAGUUUUUUGCGGCAUCCACACAAUGUCGUCAUUAUCAAAAUGCCAGCCCAUACUUAAUUUGCAUUUAAUCCAGAUUUCUCCUUACUGCAGAAAAUUUGUUAAGUAAAAAUAACCCAUUAUCCAUCUGCAGUCACUGCUGGGUGAGGGGAAGCUUGUUUAGCACAUUUAUUUAUUUUAUUUUUUGCUAUGCAGCUUGCCUUGUGUUUGCUGAAGUUUUGGUGGGUGGCAUCUAUCGCCACACCCUCAAACUUCCAUUUGCUCCUCACCUGAGCACAACCUAGCCAUUUUGUUUAGAGCAGCUCACAUGACACAAGUCUGCCUAUUUCUACCAAUUGCUGCAUGCUGGAGCCAUAUUCCUGUUUCAGAAACCCAGUUAGGAGGAGCUCUCCUCUUAAGAUCUCCACACUGUGCCGUUGGGGCAUUACUCCUCAGAUGGCAAUUGCAAUACCUGCAUUGGGCUUAAAUAAAUAAUACCAAAGUCUUGCAUAAGACCUUUAGUCAGAAAAAUACCACUCUUGUGCAAAAGCUCUGUUUUAUUUAUUUAUUUAAAAAUCCCAAAUGAAUAUUGUGCAGACAUACACCCUCGUCCAAGCAGAAGCCUCCAUUUUGCCCGCUGUGAACCGUUCUAACUAAGGCUAGUAACAUUUGCUCUUGUGCUGUUCUGCUGUUCAUGAUUUUUUUUUAAUGAUGCAUGUGCACAGGUACAGAAAUAACGUUGUGCGUGCCCAGAACAGAAAAAGACAGCAUAAGGUGGGACAGGAGUGAUAAAGGAAGGGACAAAAAGACCAACCCAACAAUGUUUCAGCAAAUUCCAUCAGCCUCCACCACUGGUGUGGAUGGCAAGCAACAGAAUAGCAAUGGAUAUGCAUGAUGGGGAAAAAAGGCCAGGAAUGUGUGGAAGAUAAUGUGCCAAGCACACACACAGCAAAGAUUGGAUCUGAACAGCCCAUUAGAGAUAUGAAGCCCCUAGCUGACAGCACCCAAAUGGUCCACCAUUUUUCCUUCCCCUUUCCUCCACUAGCAUGGUCACAAAAAGAAGAAUGGACACAUCCUUUUCUAGAUUUAAACUAAUUGCUGUUUGUGGUUAUGUUAACAACAUUGUUUAGUUUAAAUUAUGUUUUGUUCAAGGUGAGAUCAAACAAUAGUUUCUGAUUGUGGCUUGUUUCAAUAAACCAUUGUUAAAACUAACCCCAGUUUCUGGUUUGAAGUCACAACAAACUGCGGUUGGUUUAAACUAGGAAGUAGAUGCUUGCAGUCUCUUCCUUUGAUGCAGGAGUAGGGAGAGCUUGAGCCAAGGCCUCUUUCACAUAGUGUUAAAUCAGACCAACAGGUUUGCAUGUGCAUCUUUCAACUGUGAAGUUGUAGCCAUUACAUGGAAGACAGAUUGUUGCUGUGUACUAGCUUUGCAGACAACAGUAGUUAAUCAUUAGAUUAGGUCUAAGUUAACACUGGGUUCCAGAGAAUCUUCAGUGGGGAGUACAAAUACUUGUUUGCAUAGUUCCACCUACAAACACACAAUGUUUCAAAUAUAAAAUAUUCACAAUAAAAUAAUACCAUUGUAUUUCCUUGACUCCUCCUUGUGGAAGGUGCUUGCAUGAGUAUCUUGUGCAAGAAGAACUAUCAUUUAGCAAUUUGUUUCAGUAUUAGAAACUGCUCUGGAUCCCAGUGUAAAAUGUCACUUCUAAAAAUAUUGGGUUGUAUUCAACAUAGUGCUAAGGCGAACGUUCUGUCAGCACAAGGAUUUUUUCUUGCUCAACAAAAUGUUCUCCCCUUUCCUCCCAGCAGAUGCCCCCUAAAUCUGUCCUGGGGUUUCCCCCAAAUCUCCAGAGCAGAUUUGAAGAUAGUGCAAAGUGUGUACAGGGGGAGGAGGGGGGGACGUUCUGUUGCCAAGCAGAAAUCAUUCUGCUAGCACAAUUAUGUAGCUGAAUACUACCCAUUGGAUUUUAACUUUAGAUUUUAAUUUGGUUUCCCAGGGUGCCAGAUCAAAUCUGGGUAUUUGUUUACAGUGAUAUUCCAGUCUGCAGUAGUCAUUUUGUUUGUUUGCCCACAGUUGGCAGCCUAGCUAUGUAUAAUAUGGCUGCUUAUCACAUGCAUCAGCCUUCCCCAACUUGGUGUCCUCCAUAUGUUUUGGACUACAACUCCCAUGAGCUGGCUGGGGCUCAUGGGAAUUGUAGUCCAAAAUAUCUGGAGGUUGGGGAAGGCUGAGAUGCACUAACAGCAGGUUGUCAGUGGCGACUCGUGGCUCCAUGUCCUGGAACAGUGAAAUCCACUCUGGGUUUUAGUCUGAAAUUUCAAGGAGCCAUCAGCCACCACUGCACGUUGUCCUAUUAACACGGUGCCACUGGUGAAGGGGAAUUAGUUUUAACCUAGUGCCGUAAUGUAAUGUAGUAAUGAUUUCUCAAGUGAAAAAGUCAACAGCAAGAGAUCUUAAAGGAUGACCAGUAUUCCUGCUACAUGAGAAAGUAUAUCUGUAUUAAAUGAUCUGUUCUAUUUCCUUAAGGAAUCUCUAGUGGAUUGAGGAAUCCUUGUUACUAUGCAGUAUCUUUUCAUUAAACAAAGAAACUGGUGUGUAA